AACUUACUAAUAGCAAUACUGUUAUAGAAAAAUGGCGUUCUUUACAGCUGUGGGUUGCGCAAUUUUUAUGUAAAUGUGCAUUAAACUAAUUACUGAAUUUAAGUUUUAAGUGCGGAAAAUAAUAUAACAAAGUGGGCAUGAUCAUUUAAAUAAAUAAAAUAGUGCAAUUAUCACAAGCGUAUAGUUAAUAUUUAAUAAGUGGAAGGCUGUCAUGGACCGUGUAUUUUUUGUGUUGUGGUGAUGUAUGAGAAUGAUAAAUAAUGAAACGAAAAAUAAUGCGGCUAUGCAAAUAAUGUGACAAUGAUGGAUGUGCUAUGGGUGGUGUUAUUGGUGGCCGCAGCCGGCACACGCGUUGGCGACGGGCUCCCAGUCCGGCCGACGCCGCAAAACUACCCUCACGAUGCAAGUGGGCAAGCAUCUGAGGGUUGGAGUCCUGACGGAGGACUGUAUGCAAUGGUGCCAGCGCUGGCGCUGGUCCUCACCGCAGUUGGCUUGCUGUUUGGUUGUACAUGGUGUUACCGACACAAAGAUUGCAAGCCGAACGAAGGAGCGGAUAAUCAGCUGUUCACAGCGAGCGCGACUCACCUGCACGAGGCGCGGCGCGCGCACCCGCCCGACUCUGGCUUCUCGGAGCCCGUCAACAACAACAUCAGCGAGGACAACAACAAUGGGCCCAUCUCGCUGCGGGAGAUGCAGAACAUCGCGAACAACAACGCCGCCGCGUACAUCGUCAGCGAGAACGAGGAGCGCAACAGGAUCAGCCGCGAGUCCGUCGUCGAGUUCGAGCCACUGCCCACCGGGAUAAGGGUCGCCGAUCCGCUAGAGAGAUGCGUCGAUUGGUUCGGCGGCGAGGACUUUCCCAGGAACACGCUGCAGUACCUAAGGGAAAUAGGUCGAGGAUGGUACGGCAGGGUUGUAGAAGGCGAAGUCGAGGAUGGUGGUACGACGUCGACGGUAGCUGUGAAGAUUUUGAAUCAAAACGCAAGUCUGGAGGACAAGGCUCGCUUCCUCGACGAGAAUAAAAUGUACCGCGACGUGAUUCACGAGAAUGUGCUGCAGUUCCUGGCGAAGUGCUUGCAGGAAGACCCCUGGAUACUUUUAUUUGAAUUGUGUCCUCUGGAUCUCCAACAAUAUCUCAUAGUAAACCGUCCUAAAAUGGCUAUAUUAAACGAGAGUGGCGUACCGUUGCGAAUAAUGUGCGACGUCACUUCCGCACUGGCCUACCUUCACUCAAGAGGUUAUAUGUAUGGCAAUUUGUGGUGUGGAAGUGUACUCAUCCGCGGUAACGCAGACAACGCUCGCGCAGUACUAGGACGAUACGGGACAGCAGAUCCACAGUAUGACUACAGCGCGCCGGAGACGAGGCGGCAUCCUCCCGUGUACACGGCCAGCAGCGAUAUCUGGUCCCUAGGCACACUGGUGUGGGAGGUGUGCGCAUGGGGAUCUACUCCUACCAGACAUCCGCCUCCAGUACCUGAUUUACCUUGCCCAUACAGAAAUCAUCUAUAUCAAGUAAUGCAGCUAUGUUGGAAUCCAAAUCCAGCUAGUCGACCCACCUCAGCUCAAGUUCACGCCCUUAUUAACCAUCUAUACACAACCCACACAGAGGCCAGUGAAGCCUCACAAGAUGAUGGCUAUGGCAGCAGUGACUUUGAGGAACGCUGGCAAAGAUUAAAGCCCAAUACAAUACCAAAAGUAGAUGAACAUAUUGCUAUUGUGCACGCUCCGUCCACAUCCAUGGCAUCUCAUUUCACUGGCUCUGAUCAAGAAAUCGAUACUAUACAAACAAUGCAAGACACACUAAGUAUUGAUAUGGACACAGCAGUAUCAAGAUCCAGUAGUAUUAUGUCUGACAAAGAUCCAUUAUCUGUUCAAAUAAAAUCGGAAAGCCUUACAAACCUCCACGGAUCAUUGGAGGACGUUAGAAAUAUCUACCUCACACAUAACGAAAUGGCAGUUUUAGAAUGUCACCAAGGAAAUAUAAGCUUAGAAGAAAACAGAGAAAAAGAACACGACCGAUCUGAUAGUUCUGUCGACCCCUGGUUAAAAGACAUCAUUGCAGGUAGUCAAGACGAUGUUAGCUAUUAUAAAGAUGUAAGCGAUGUUAUUAAGAAUCUUGAUAAUAUAUUGAAUUCGGAAAAAACAUCCAGUUCAGAAUCCAGCCAUCAAGCUAGUCCAUCGCGUGAUAACCUAGUUUUGGACUGUAAGAAAGACUACCCAAUGCAAUCUAGCCUAGUGAAAUCACCCGGCAUUAGUAACUUUCAAAAUAUUCUAGAAACCGGUUUCAACACUAAUAUCGAGGACAAAAGUGUGUGUGAUGAUGAUGAAGCCGAUCGUGAUACUAUUGGGACAUUGAGUCAUUCAUUCGAACGGCAUAGUGAUACAAUCAGUCAGCAAACUUUGGAGAAUCUUACACCAGAAACACCAAUAAAGGAUAUGAAUGAUACUCAUACAUUUAUAGAAACAGAAAAAAAUUCUAGCAUUGGAGAUAACGUGAUACCCCCUGUACAUGAAACUGCUGAAUUGCCAAAAGAUAAGGAAAUAGAAACUAGUGAUAUUAGUAUUCCAAAGUUGAAGGACUUAUGUGUAGCUUCAUUACCUAGUAUAAGUGAUAAAGUUGGAAAAUCAAGUAUAGAUGAAGAUGUCAUUUGUGAUAGUAUAUUAAUAGAAAGAUCUGAUAUUAGCAAUGAAACUAAGUCAGUAGGUGAUGUAGAAAAAACGAGAAACGACACUCAAAGCAGUUCGACUGUUAAAAACGAUCAAAAUGAGGCUGCUGUGGAAAUCUUGCCUGAUAAAGUUGUAAUACCACUCGAAAAUAGUGUUGAUCGUGUAGAAGCUGAUAUUGGAGAUAAUAAAUUCCCUCUCAACCAAGUAAAUACAGUUGAUCAAGUUUUCAUUAGUGUAACAGAAAAUAUAACCCCCAUAUUUUUAAACGAAAAUAUUAGUAAAGUAGCAGAUGAGGAAGUAGGGAAUAAUGAUCUCAUUGAGCAUGUAACGAGUAGUUUUAAUGAACCAAGUCUUGGGGUUAAUGAAACAAUCAUAGAAAUAUGUGAAACAGUAAAAACGAAUGCGGAACGUCUGGAAAAACCAUCAAACUCAUUAAUACACAGUGAUAAUAUACAAUCCCUUGAACCGUCAGUACAUGUAAAUUAUUCUGAAACUAAGGAGUUAGUCAGAAUAUUUCUAGAACAUGAAAUUGCAUUAACUGGCAAACAUGCACUGAAAAAAGAGAUUGUUACUGAAAUUAAUAAAAAUAAUGCAGCUAUAGAAUAUCUAAACAAAGAAACAAUACCAGAAAGACAUAAAAAUGAAAAUAGUGUUCAUCCUGCGACAGAUCAAUAUAUACAUAAUAUCGAAUCUAGUGAUAUUUUAAUAUUAGAUAAUACAUCAGAAAGUAAACCUCCGAGCCUAAUAGACAUUGAAGAUAAAUAUCUCGAAGUAGAUCCUAAUGCAGCUUAUGAUACGAAACAUGAAGAGGUCCUAGAAAGCUACAUAGAGAUACCGCCUAAAUCUAUCCAUGAAAAUGUAACUAUCAAACCAAUUACCGUUGAUCAUACCAAGGAAAACAAUGAAUAUCUUGCGCCCUGUUUAUCCGAAACAGUCAUAAAUAUAAUGGAAGAAAAAAACAGUAGAGAAAAUUCCAUAUCUUGUGAUAAACAAAUUAAUUUAAAAAAUGUUGAAUCACUAGUUGAAGAAGAUAAAGAUAAGACUGUUGAAAGCGCCAACAGAUUAAAGCAGAUUAUUCCAGAAGUUGCGCAAAGGAAACAGGAAAUUAGCCUAUAUACACAUGAAAACUUCCAUGACAAUAAUUUGUUAUUGAAAAAUAAAAAUACCUCACCGUCGGCACCCAGUACAUCUAACGAUUUGAUAGUUAGAAAAUCUGAUAUAAUUGAAGUAGAUGAUAAAAAUGAAACUACAUGCACACUGGGAUUGAUAGACGAGCAGAUAAGCGGAGAACACGAUGAUAUCAAAUUUUCUAACGACAUAACUCCGGAAAUAACAACUGAUGAAAAACUAAUACCUGCGUCCGUCGAACUACCAUCCAAUUUGGAUCAAAGUAGCAUGGAUGGUUUAACAAAUAAUUUUGUAAGAUCUGAUUCGGAUCUACAAAAAGACACAUUGCCGGUUUUGCCACCUGAUACAGUACAAAACAAUGAUAAGCAAAGUUCGCCUUGUGAAAUUGAACAACUUGACAAUAAGGAUAAUACUACUAAUAAUACUUGUAGAUCUGAUUAUGUAGUUAUAGAGUUACAAGAGCACUCGAAUGAUAGCACUGUUUACAUGGAUCUCAUUAAUAGUACUAAUAGUAAAAUUUUAAGUGAUAAGACUGUAGAUGAUGAAGUUAGAAGAGAUUUCGAACAUUUCUGCUUGGACUCAUUGCCGGCUGAUGAUGUUGCUACGGCCAAAAAUGAAUCGACAGUAUAUCUAGACCUUCCAAGUCUCGAAACAAGAAAAGAAACCAUAAAUUUUUUGCACAUGGAAAGAAUUGAUACAAGUAAAGAAUUAGAGAAAGUAAUAAGCACAAGCACUCCGUUAGGGAGUGAUAAUUCUGCAGAUAAUAUUUUAGAAAGUUCCAUCAAAAUGAAGGAGCCGCAAAUGUCGGAAACAAAAGCCCCGGAUUACGGUCUAGGUGUAACUUUAACAAAACUUGAACAAACAUAUGUGCCUGAAAGUAUGAGCCCAUUUGAAUCACCAACAAAGAGCCACCAUUCAGAUACCUUUGAUGAAAAUAGUUCAGUGGUCUUAGGCCCCUUCGAGAAUUGUACUUUAGAGCUGUUCAAGGGCGUGAAAUCUGCAGAAAUGGUAGAUUUGCCCAAAGAGGAAUUAUUGGCUUUUUCAUCCAACUUCAGCGAAAUAAACCUUGAAACUCCUUCCCCUUUACGCGAUGGUAAUUUUUUGAAUGAAGUUCCCGACAUCAUGCAUGACGAUUUACAGUUCGACGAUAUAACAUCUGUAAGUGAAGCUAAACUGGAUAUGUUGACAACACAAAAUGUUGUCAUCAGCGAGUCUAAAGCAAGUGUGUCAGACCCACAGACAGAAACGAAUACCGAAGAAAGUGGUAAAUCGGUGACGGAAAAACGUGUAUCACCCUUGACGCCACCAAAUUCGCCCGGAAUAUUUCUAGCUUCAACGUCGCAACAAAAAUAUUUGGUUGACAUUGAUUUAAAUCCACCAGCAGCAGUCGUUCCACAGCCCGUCCAAACUUUACAAGAUGAAAUCGAUUUGAAUCAGAUUGAAUUACAAAUCACCUCGAAAUUAGCCAUGGCAGAGAACGAGAACAAUUUAAACAUUGAAUAUUCUGGUCCAUUGACUGUAGAAGGUUUAGUAGAAAACGAAGCGGUCGAUGCGAUGCCGGAAUCUUAUUUGGCUGGCAAUGGCGGGUCGACGGAAGAUUUAAGGGAAGGCUUAACGCUAGAUGAAGAAUGUGUGAAAGCAUUGAGAAACGAACUUGAGCUUAAACUGCCUCUAGCGCAGGUGGCAGCUAUAGAGCCUCCAUGUGAAAGCGAAUGGUCGUUGGAGCUCCCGCCCCCGCCCGAGCUAGUGGUGAGCUACCCCGGCGCGCUCAGUCCCAUCGCAGAGGAAACCGGCCAGCAACUCUGCGCAUACGAGAACGACACUAACUGGAACGCAUCAAUCCGCACGGACUCGUCGGAAAGCUACCCAGAGCCGUGCAACAACUCGACCGACGACGCGACCGAGCUCCCCACCGGCGCGCACAGCGGCCCGCACGACACGCACCACUCACACGACUCGCGCGACCACUCCACCUACACCAUACAAUCCAAGGAACAAUCACCCAAUGUUACUUACACCGUGCAUAAGGACAUCGCCAGUAGUAAAGAAAUUACUAUGAGCGCAGACAGCUUGAACGCCAGUCCGUAUAAGAAACCUAGGGAAGAUGAUAACCAAUCACCUAUCGACGAUAGAACUUAUAACAAAAACGACGAUGAGAAAGAAUCCAAUUGCGAACGUAUAUCGCAAGUGUCGCCAUUCUUACUCAGCCCUACGACUGACACCUCCGCACCCGACACUUCGGACAACUUCGAUAAUGCCACCGGCGUAUCGACUUUGUCGAAAACCACGUUGCCGACCGACGCUAAGUUAUCGAAACCCUCCGAAUGUCUGUCAAAAGCAACAAGCAUAGACUCGUGGUGUUCAAAUGACACGCUUUAUAAUGUCGAAGAGAAUUUCGACGAUUUGGAUCCCGACUUACCAACGGACUUCGUUCCAGAAAAGGAGGAGGGUAACAGCGAAAGUACUGAUACUUUAACACACAACGACGACGAAAAGGAACUAAGUCACUGUUCCACUUACAUUAUACACGACAGUAAAUCCGAAGCAUGCGAGACGUUUUCGCCAGAUUCGAUAACAGCAAACGAUAAUUAUACCUACACGAAAAUAAAGACUGAAGCGGCAGGCACGACAACAUCUGCUGUGACCAAAUCGGAUAUCAACGAUUCCUCGAAAAACAGUCAAACGAAAGAUCUAGCAUAUGGGUCAUUAAUGUCCGGACUACCGUCUUACUCGAAUUGUACAACUGAAGUUGGGUCCGCUCUUGAUGAUGCCUGGAAACUUCCCCAACCGGAGUUAGUAAGAAGAUCUCCUAUGGGAGACCAAAAUAAUAUAACUCCACCUAAAUUGGACGACGAUAAGGAAGUCGACAGUACCAGUCCUCACUUAACAUCUGAACCAUGCAUCAAAAAAAUGGAAAGUGUAGACAUAUCUUGUUUACAAGAUAAUUUAGUUGAUAGUCAAGAUAAGUCGGGAAGUUCGGAGAACCAAGGCAUAUUAAUUGAUAUAAACGAUAGUCCAAAUAAUCGUUACAGAAAUUAUAUGCCAUCUGUUACAAGCACGCCGUUAACUGAGCUAGACACAGAUACUGAAAAUGUUGAAGGUGUACCAAUGAAAUUACCUGAUAUUAAAACAGAAACUCUGGAGUAUAUGGAAAGCUUACCAAAUUUCCAAACUUUUCAACAAUCAGCAGAGGUAAGGCCUCAAGAUCUGUCAUCUCAUAUAGAGAACGAACGAACGAAUCAAGAAACCGAGAUUUUACUUGAGGGGGACAGCAAAACCUUGAGUAGAAAUAGCAACAAAGAUAGCCUGGGUGUAUCUGAACGAACCCCGACAUAUUCGGAUUUCGAAAGUUCAGCUGUUGCAAAACCUCAAGAUAUGAAUGCAAAAGAAAAGUCUAGUCAAAGUGUAGAGAGCGGAAUAAGUUCGGAAGAUUUCCGUCAGUUCGAAAACUCCGUGAGAAGCCGGCCGCAAGAUCUCUCAUCUAUGAUUGAUGCCACAUCGUUAUUAUUGAAAAGUGAAAGAAUAUCCAGUGAAAUGCUAUUAGAAGGCAUCACUAAUGACCAAACAAGUCAGUCUACCAGUCGACUGAGUGAUCCGGUUCGUUCUCUAGAUAUAAGUCCGCCUAAUUUUACGAAUUUAAUAGAAUCUCACACUUUAGUUAAUAUUAGAGAGCCAAGCAAUACUUUUUUAAUAAAUUUUGAUAUAGAUGAUGAAAUGGAACAACCUCAUUCAAUAAUUAUAACUGAAGCACCAUUAGAUGUUAUUAAAGAUAAUACCUUUGAUUCGCAUAUGAGAGCAGAAAUUUUAGAUCUGCACACCACGUACGACUCACACGUUCACCAAAGUUAUCCAAAAAAAGAUGUUGACAAAUUCAAUUACAAAAUGAAUGGUGAAGUACCCUCGAGGGAAAGAAGUGGUGAUGUCGCCGAAAGUGAUACGGCUAAACUGCAAUCGUCUAUUGGCAAUGAUGACGCGACGCAAAAUGUAGAGUCUCCGCGUGCGUCUAUGUCGAACGGUAAACUAGUGGCUGUGACAAAACGAGACGGUAAGGUUUUUGGGAAGAAUGAAAAAUAUGCAACAGUAAAUUUUUUAAACGAAACAUUUGAAGAACUCAUCGAAAGUAAUGUUGAUGACGGUGAUGUAAAAGACACAAGAGAUGCAGAACUACUAGAUGAAGAACAAGCAAGCUCCGAACUUAGAGGCGUGGAUGACGAGGCCUCACAUCAUUCAAAAGCAAGCUCAUAUAAAGAAAAUGUAGAAGUUAAAGCUAACGGCAUAGUGGAUGCAGACAGCCACAAAAUGACGUCGGUUACUGAAAACUUUUUGCACAACGAGAAGAAAUUUUGCCAGCUGGACGCUUUAUUUCCAUUACUAAGUGAUAUUAGAUUUACUGGUCCCGCAACAGAAAUAAUGAGCACGUCGUUUACUCAAGAGUCGCCAACGGAGCCGACGUCGCCCGAGUGCGAGCGGGACGGCAAACCAGAUGCAGCCAUCGACAUUAUCAAAGAGUGGGACAGCGACACCGACUCACAUUCCACCAAUUCGUCCAGCGGCGAGUUUAUAUGGAAAGACGGCGGCGGGCACGAGACCUCCGUCGUGCCCUCCACGCACUUCGACCAUCAACGGUCAAGCGAGUCGCAGUCGGGCGGCGCGGAGGACGCGGCGGACGCGGACGGCGCAGGCGCGGGGGGAGCGGCGGAUGGCGCGCUGUCCGACGGCUCGGGGGACUCCGGCUCCGGCUCGGAGGGGGACGAGGUGGAGUUCGUGCCGUCCUCGUGGGACUGCCGCGCCGCGCCCGCCAAGUCCUCGCUCAGGAGCCUUGAACAGGCGCCGCCGGAUAACAAGAAGCGCGUGGUGUUCAAGCGGCAGAAGUACCACUGUGUGUACGAGUACCCGCGUGAGGCGGCCGAUGUGGACGCACACUCGCCCGCCGCCUACCUGCCCGACCUCUCCACCUACUCAGAUUGGGACCCAACAAGCGUCGAAGAGGCAGAACUGGGCUACGGCCAGUUGUUCGGGGCUCCAAGUCCUCUAGACUUGUAUCCUCUCCGCUCCGGUAUAGCUUUUGGUGCUGAUUAUGACGAAGAUUUCUUCAUAUCCUCAUCGGCCCGGCCGUUUGAGAGUCUCGGCGUAAUGUCGACGACGAGCCAGUUCUUCCCGGGCAUGCACGCCAAGAUGUCGCUGCUGGAGCGCGAGCUGCCCGACGAGAUGUCGGAGGAGUUCCCGCCGCCGCCCUCGCCGCUACCCGCCACGCUCGCGCACACGCCCAGCCUCGACUUCACCACGCCCGACUCCGGCGUCGAGGACAUCACUCCCGGCUCCACCACCGACGACGACUUCAAGGCUAAGAAGCUGCCCUCGCCGGAGCUGGCGUGGCGGCCGCUCGACAGUGGCAGCUCCAGUGAGUCUGUGAGCCCCAGCUCGCCCGGCGGCGAGGCGCUGGGCGGCCUGCGCCACACGCGCGACAAGCUGAAGCUGGACCUGCCGCCCAGCCCCCACGUGCCGUCGCCUCGGCACAACAGAGUGUUCAACUUCGUGCUCGACAAGCCCAAGCGCCGCGCUCAGGACGCGCCCGCCGAGAUACCCACCACGCCGCUCGUCAUGACCGACGAGACGCCGAUCGUCACCACGUCCUUGCCGCUGCAGAAGGAGUGCGACGACUUGCCCGUCCCGGAACCGACGUUCUCCACCUUCGGAAAGAGCGCACAGAAAAUUGAACCAGAACAGAAAAUCAUACUGACAGACGAUGUCGAAACUGAAGACGAAGUGAAAGAAGAGAGUCCUAAAGUUGUGGAAGCCGUCAAAGGAGAAGGCACCGUGUUGGACAGUGGCGACGAGGACUCUGGAAUUGAGAGCAGUUCUAAAGCGACUCUAGAGAGAAACAAAUCGAAUGUGUCUUAAUCGAGAUGGGACCUCUUGUAAUUUUUUACAUAGCUUUUGUGCGUGGGUUUUGUCGAUUUGUAGUGAGUUGCUGACAACUGGAGGUAUACAUGUGGAGGAAAUUUGAAGGUUAGGUAAUUAAACUUAUAACAUUUUCCCAUUACAAGUGAUACCGAAUUUGUUUUAUAGAACCUUUGAUAUAAUUUUUAACCAUUUCGUGUGUUAGGUUUUCAAUAUGUUUAUGUUUUUCCUGGCUAGCGGAAUAUUUGUAAAAUAUAUUUUUCAUAAUGGUAUUUUCUAAAAGCUUUUUGAUAACGGUCGGAUGUACACAAUUGCGCCACUAAUAACAUCCUGAUAAUGUUACUCAAUGCCAUCGUAGUAGAUAGUAUUAACACCAGAUGUGGACGCGUUAGUUUGCCAUUUAACUAUGGAUAGUUGAUAUACAUAUCGGGGUAAUGUUAUAGGAAUAUUUCUGUUGUUAUCCCACUCAUUAUUAGUCGUCAAUAUUACGACAAUCAUCAGAGUUUCGUGAUAACUUUACAUAACUAGCCCACACUUAUUUGAAUAUUUACCCCACAACUCAAGAUAGUUAUAUGCAAGGAUUAAAAUUUAGAAUAUAAUAAAUAAUAUGACUGAACGGCUCGUUAACGCAAUCAUAUAAAUGUAAUUAUUAUAACCACAUUAUUUGGGUGGCUUUACAAUAAAAUGUGCAUUGAUGAGUGCCAGUUUCAGUUUCUGUCGAAGUGUAAGAACGAAUAUGCCGAUGAUUUGUUUGGUGAACACACACAACUAUGGUACAAAUAGACGUGAAUUAUGGUGUAUAGUUGUAUCGCUUUCAUUAUUGCCUAUUACAUAGAACUGUAAGCGUGUUGGUAAGUAAUAUAUUUACUAUAUGAAAACAAUAGCCUAGAUUUUAUAUACAGUGAAAAUGUUAUAAUUUAUCGAUAACACACCAGUCACUAUUGCUUUAAAAACUAUUUUACGGAAUUUACAGCGCCUUUUCUUAUUUAUAAUUAUAAACGUAAAUUGGCAUAUUUUUUUUUUAUAAAUACACUUCCAGUUAAAUUAAAUAUGAAAUAUGGUCGCAUUGAUAAUAAUUAAAAUGUUGUAGAUUAAAGUGAACUCUUUAUUUUCGGCAUUUCGGUGUUCAUUCUCGUGGCAAAAUAUUGAGUAAAUAAUUUUAUAUAAAUCAAGCUGUAAGGAGAUGGCCUACCCAGUUUUAGAAUUUUUAGUGAUAUAAAUGUCCGCGAUGUUGUCGAUAUCUGUGGGCUGUGCCGUCAUGGCCCCGAACAAGGCUCUAUUAAUAACAAAACUUAUCGUCUUCGAUAAAAUCUUAACUGUACCUUAGAAAGCCCAUAAAUAUUGCUAGUAUUUUCAUGCGUAAUGUUUCACUUAUUUCGUAAUAUUGUAGUGAAUUAGAUUGUAAAAUUAUUAUUGUGUUUGUGAUACAUGCCACAAAAUUAUUAUAAUUUUGUUAUGUUUUUGAUUUUGCAUGAUCUGUUUCGAAGUGUUAUAUGUAUUAAAUAACUUAUUUAUAUAAAGUUUUAUAAAAUUAUGUAAAUUAAGAUUUGUUUAUGAUUUAAAGGAGAUUUCAAUAACCUAUAAAUUAUCGAUAGUCAUCUGAAGACACAACUUAGAGAAAGGAAGUGCAUUAUAAUCAUGUAUGGUGGAAGGAUUAAGUUGCAAUUCGAGAAUAUCGACAGAUAUAUGCGAUUUUGGCACGGAGAGUAGAUUCCUCGAAAAGAAAUGGCGAGUUUUAAAUUGGACAGUUUCGUUGAUAUUGGUUAUUUGUGGUUUUUGUAGCGUGUAUCCAAACUUUAAUAUAAAUAAUAUCUAAAUUAUAAUGUUAUUUGUGACGGUCUAUAUGUUUACGCACAAAUAAGCAUGCAUCUUCCAUAUAUUGAAAACCUCGAUGAAAAUAUUAAAAUUGCGAUCAUGUAUUGAGGUUAAAAAGCCAAUUGUUAGUGUAAGUAAGAUUAUAUUAAGUAAGAGUAGAGUUAGAUGUAACGAGUUGUGGUGACAGAUCGACGUGCACCAUGCAUCGUAACCUCAGCAACAGGAUUUGAAAAUAUGUGCUGAAUAUUAUAACAAACUAUCUAAGGUCACUUUUAUUUUGUAAUCUAAGCUGCUUCCGAUUAAAACUAUGACAACCAGGCAUACGAUGUUCACUCAUAGGUCUCAAAUAGUUUCGUCGGUUUAAACGUAGUGUAAGUAUUUCGUAAAUCCCAGUUUCUUGUCUAUAAUUUAUAAGAAACAGACGAUUUUACUUUUUUAAAUCAAUAAAAUCGCUGUUGCUGACCAUGUCCCACAAAGCGAGUGCCACUAAAAUUACGUCAUCCAAAUAUAUGGAAAUACGUCCAACUGAACCUAUUGUGCAAUUCUCCUCAUUUUCAUAUCAUCGUGUUUUAGUUGUUUAGUUACACUGUAAAUAUUAUAAUUUGAAUGUUGUGUAUUUAAAGAGGAAAACCCUUUUUGAAUAUGAAAAAAAUAUAUUGAUUACUGUGUUUAUUGUUCUGAACAUUAUUUUUACAGUGUGUAGUAAGUUUUCGUUGAUGUACAGAUGUAAAUACACGAUAAUAGAUGUUCAUUUUGUUAAUGUGUAGAGCAAGUGGUUAUACAAUGUUUGGUAGGUUAGAGCCUACUGUCAGGUGUGGCCCACUUUCGUUUAAAUCAUAUAAUAUUAUUAACUUUCGCAAUAGACUUCGAUUAAGACAAUUUAUUUUCCGUGUCGUAUAUAUUUUUUUUGUAACAAAUAGAAAAUGAAAUGUUUUGUUAAUUACACUGAUAAUGAUAAUAAUGCAAGAACAAAGGAAUUAUUUGAAUGAAUUGUCCAAUAAUUAUGGUAUUUAUUGUUUGUAAGUUGUUAUUGAUUUGUAUGAGCAGUCGGCUGUAUUGAGCAAAUGUGAACGCAUUAGAACUCUUUUCAUAUUGCGACUUUGUGGAGUCCUUUUAAAAGUAUUUCUAUGAAAAAAUAUUAAAUAAAACUUGUGACUCAA